AUGGCUCCUUCAGACUCUCUAUUCCUGACCUUGCCUGGAUCCGUUGCGUUCUCAGAGUUUCGAUGCCGUGGUAUAGCUGCCAGCACCAAUGCUAAAGCAAUCCGGGCCCAAUGGGUACAUUAUCUGCACCUUGCAGAGCCUUUGCAAGGUAACCAACCCACAGACUUGGAACAGCUUCUGCAUUACGGAGACAUUUCGGAUUCUCCUGGAACCUUUGGGCCUCAGGACGGCCGGUCUAUCACCUACUACGUGAGCCCAAGGGUCGGCACCAUCUCACCAUGGAGCUCCCAGGCCACCGGAAUUGCCCAUGUCUGUGGAUUUGAAAAGUGUCUUAAGCGGAUAGAACGUGGGCUUCGGAUAUCUUGCCUCGUAGAUGAAGGUGUCGACAGCCUGGAUGCCGCAAGCCUCGAUGUUUUGCACGACAGGAUGACCCAAGUUAUCAGUACCGAAGAGCCUGAUCUCCAGGCCAUGUUUGCUGAGAAGCCGCCCGCUUCCUUGGAAGUUGUAUCUCUCAAGGACGGAGAGAAAUCUCCCCGAGAGAUCCUCCAGGACGCAAACAAACGCCUCGGUUUGGCUUUGGAUUCGUCUGAGAUUGAUUACCUUGUCGACGCUUAUGCCGCCGGAGGCCCAAUCUCAAGAGCUCCUACUGAUGUGGAACUGUUCAUGUUUGCACAGGUUAACUCUGAGCAUUGUCGUCAUAAACAGUUCAAUGCAUCGUGGGUUAUAGACGGAGAGGAAAAGCCAAACACGCUUUUUGGGAUGAUUCGAAAUACUCACAAGCAACAUCCUGAUCAUACUGUCAGCGCGUAUAGCGAUAACGCUGCAGUCUUGGAAGGCGAGGAAGCAGGUCACUGGGCUCCGGAUUUAGUUACCGGAGAAUGGAUCCAGACGAAGGAGAAAGUUCAUUUCCUAGCCAAAGUUGAAACCCAUAACCAUCCGACAGCUGUCUCGCCUUUCCCCGGCGCAGCCACCGGUUCAGGUGGUGAGAUUCGUGACGAAGGAUCAGUUGGACAAGGAUCGCGACCAAAGGCAGGUCUCUGUGGGUUCUGCGUCUCGGACCUGCUUAUCCCUGAACACAAACAGCCUUGGGAGCUUGAUGUUGGAAGACCAAAUCACAUUGCAAGCAGCCUUGACAUUAUGCUAGAAGCACCUAUCGGAAGUGCCUCUUUCAACAACGAAUUCGGCAGACCAUGUACAGCAGGUUAUUUCAGAACCCUCCUCACCAAGGUUGACAUCGGCAAUGGCGAGUCUGAAAUCAGAGGCUAUCACAAGCCCAUUAUGAUUGCUGGCGGUGUUGGCACCGUUCGCCCUCAGCAUGCUUUGAAAAAUCCUCAUUCUGUGAAGCCAGGAUCCUAUCUGAUAGUCCUGGGAGGGCCAGCUAUGCUCAUUGGACUGGGAGGAGGUGCAGCUUCUAGUAUCGCCUCAGGAGAAGGAUCUGCUGAUUUAGAUUUCGCCAGUGUCCAAAGAGGGAAUGCCGAGGUCCAGCGAAGGGCACAGGAGGUCAUCAACGCUUGUGUUGCCAUGGGAGCAGACAAUCCCAUCAAGUUCAUCCAUGACGUUGGCGCUGGAGGAUUGUCCAACGCUCUACCCGAGCUCAUCCACGACGCUGGCCUGGGAGCUUCGUUUGAGCUUCGGGAAAUAGAUAAUGCAGACAAGGGUAUGAGCCCCAUGCAGAUAUGGUGCUGUGAAGCCCAAGAAAGGUAUGUUAUGGCUGUGUCUGAGGAGGGUAUGAACAACUUCGUCGCUAUCGCAAACCGCGAGCGGUGUGGUUACUCUGUUGUCGGCCGUGGACUAGGGCAACCGGAUGAAAGUCGUAGACUUGUUCUGCUCGACAAGGACUCGAAGGAAUAUCCAAAGCCAAUUGACCUCCCUCUGUCGGUCUUAUUUGGCAAGCCACCAAAGUUGACAAGAACGGUUUCCUCAAGAAAGUUCAAUCUGCCAUCGUUUGAUUCCAGCCUGAAGACUUAUCUUCCUUCCUUACCAGAACAAGGGUUGAUUGCUGAGGCUGUGGAUAGGGUUCUGCAUCUUCCCGCUGUUGGUUCUAAGUCCUUCCUCAUCACCAUUGGUGAUAGGACUGUUGGUGCCCUCACUGCUAGGGAUCAGAUGGUCGGGCCGUGGCAGACUCCUGUAUCUGACGUUUCCGUUACUGCAACUUCACUGCUUCUUGGAAUGAAAACUGGAGAGGCAAUGGCUAUGGGAGAGAAACCCACGCUUGCCCUCAUUUCUCCUGCUGCCUCGGCGAGAAUGGCAGUUGCUGAAUCGCUAAUGAAUAUUGCUGCUGCAGACUUGCCUGAGAGGCUCAGUCGUGUCAGACUCUCAGCUAAUUGGAUGUCCGCCACUAACCACCCAGGUGAAGGUGCUGCUAUCUACGAAGCCGUUGAAGCAAUUGGCUUGGACUUGUGUCCGAAGUUGGGUAUAAGCAUCCCAGUUGGUAAGGACUCUAUGUCCAUGAAAAUGAAAUGGAGUGACCAAGAGACGGGACAAUCCAAAGAGGUUACCGCACCUUUGUCACUGGUUAUUUCCGCCUUUGCGCCCGUCCAGGACAUUAAAAACACGUGGACUCCCACUUUAAGGAGCUUUGAGGAAGUCGGCGAAACCGUUUUGAUGUUUGUUGACCUCUCGUUUGGCCGCAAGAGCAUGGGGGGCUCGGCCCUAGCACAAGUCUUUGGACAGGUUGGAAACGAUUGCCCUGACAUUCGAGACGUGCAGCUUUUCAAAGACUUCUUCGACGCCACUCAAUCUCUUCAGGAGGCAGGAAUUGUCCUUUCCUACCACGACCGUUCAGAUGGUGGGCUGUUUACAACGAUUGCGGAAAUGAUGUUUGCUGGAAGAUGCGGAGCUCAAAUUAUGCUCGAUGAAAUAUGUUCAAGUCCUAAUGUAAAGGACGCGAUCGAAACAUUGUUCAACGAGGAGCUGGGUGCUGUUUUCCAAGUGCGCAAGGCCCAUGAAGGCCAGUUCAGAAGCUGCUUUGCAACCUGCGGUCCUCCCCCUGGCCUGAUCUUCAGGAUUGGCCGUGUUGCGGAAAAACAAAAGCAAAAUUUGGCUAUUUACCAUGGUGCCACUUUGAUAUACCGAGAAAGCCGAUCUCGUUUGCAGCAAGCUUGGUCUGAGACCUCGUACCAUAUGCAGCGACUCAGAGAUAACCCAGACGCUGCUGAUCAGGAAUUCGAGAAUAUCCUCGAUGACAACAAUGCCGGACUAUCGUAUAACUUGACUUUCAACCCGAAGGAGACCGGCCUGCCACUGAUGACCAGCCUUACAUCUCGCUUCUCGCCUUUUGCAACUCGUCCAAAGGUUGCAAUUCUCCGCGAACAGGGAGUUAACAGUCAGGCAGAAAUGGCCUUCGCUUUCAACAUGGCUGGAUUCUCCGCCAUUGAUGUUCACAUGAGUGAUAUUCUCACCGGAAAGGUCUCACUCUCUUCUUUCGUAGGCUUAGCCGCAUGCGGUGGCUUCUCAUACGGCGACGUUCUAGGAGCCGGACGCGGAUGGGCUAAGUCUGUACUUCUUCACAAGCAGACACGCGAGGAAUUCAAGUCAUUCUUCGCAAGACAGGAUACUUUUGCUCUUGGAGUUUGCAAUGGCUGUCAAUUCUUUGGCCGUAUAAAGGAGUUGAUACCUGGCGCUGAAGUAUGGCCAAAUUUCGAGCGCAAUGCAAGUGAACAAUAUGAGGGACGUGUGUGCAUGGUUCGCAUCUCAGAACCAACGGACAUUCCUCCAACGGUUUUCUUCCAUGAUAUGAACGGUUCUUCUCUACCCAUCGCAGUAGCUCACGGCGAAGGUAGGGCAUCUUUUGAAGAUACCCCUGAAAUGGACGGUAUGGAGCUGGUAAAGCGUGGCCUUGCUCCAGCUCGCUAUGUUGACAACACAAGCCUCGAACCGACGAUGCGAUAUCCGUUCAAUCCUAACGGCAGCCCUGAAGCUAUUGCUGGUGUACGUUCGCCUGAUGGAAGAGUGCUUGCUAUUAUGCCUCACCCUGAGCGUACCAUUAUGGCUGGUAUUGGAAGUUGGUUCCCUGGAGACAAAGCAAUGAGCGAGGAAUGGGGCAACAUUGGUCCUUGGGGCAGAGUAUUCUUCAGCGCCAGAAGAUGGGUCGGCUGA